AUGUCUGGCAGCAGUAUGAGUCUGAACCAUGACCCUGCUCCUCUGAGGAGCCACCUGGGUCGGCAGGCCAGCUUCCAGGAGCGCAGUGCAGCCCGGCCGCAGUGCAACCAGUCCUCACGCUCCAACACACUGCCCAGCGACGGGGGGCGCAAGGCCUUCGCCAUGAGGAAGAUGAAGCAGGAGAUGAAGGACAUCAUGUCGCCCACCCCCGUGGAGCUGCACAAGGUAACGAUGAUAGAGCACCACCCAGACCCUCCAGGGCUGAUUUUCUUUACGCCGUUGACAUCACUUCCUGUCAUGGAACGUCAGAGGGGUUAAAAACCCUGUGAAGGUAAGAAAGUUCUGACGCAUUUUAAGCGUUUGCGUAUCUUCAACUUUAUUUAUGAUGAAGCUCCGGUACUGUCAGCAGACACAGCCAGUCAUCCAGUCUAUCAACCAUGCUAUGCUGUCAGCAGACACAGCCAGUCAUCCAGUCUAUCAAUCAUGUUAUGCUGUCAGCAGACACAGCCAGUCAUCCAGUCUAUCAAUCACGUUAUGCUGUCAGCAGACACAGUCAGUCAUCCAGUCUAUCAAUCAUGUUAUGCUGUCAGCAGACACAGCCAGUCAUCCAGUAUAUCAAUCAUGUUAUGCUGUCAGCAGACACAGUCAGUCAUCCAGUCUAUCAAUCACGUUAUGCUGUCAGCAGACACAGCCAGUCAUCCAGUCUAUCAAUCACGUUAUGCUGUCAGCAGACACAGCCAGUCAUCCAGUCUAUCAAUCAUGUUAUGCUGUCAGCAGACACAGCCAGUCAUCCAGUCUAUCAAUCACGUUAUGCUGUCAGCAGACACAGCCAGUCAUCCAGUCUAUCAAUCAUGUUAUGCUGUCAGGAGACACAGCCAGUCAUCCAGUCUAUCAAUCAUGUUAUGCUGUCAGCAGACACAGCCAGUCAUCCAGUCUAUCAAUCAUGUUAUGCUGUCAGCAGACACAGCCAGUCAUCCAGUCUAUCAAUCAUGUUAUGCUGUCAGCAGACACAGCCAGUCAUCCAGUCUAUCAAUCACGUUAUGCUGUCAGCAGACACAGCCAGUCAUCCAGUCUAUCAAUCAUGUUAUGCUGUCAGCAGACACAGCCAGUCAUCCAGUCUAUCAAUCACGUUAUGCUGUCAGCAGACACAGCCAGUCAUCCAGUCUAUCAAUCAUGUUAUGCUGUCAGCAGACACAGCCAGUCAUCCAGUCUAUCAAUCACGUUAUGCUGUCAGCAGACACAGCCAGUCAUCCAGUCUAUCAAUCAUGUUAUGCUGUCAGCAGACACAGCCAGUCAACCAGUCUAUCAAUCACGUUAUGCUGUCAGUAGACACAGUCAGUCAUCCAGUCUAUCAAUCACGUUAUGCUGUCAGCAGACACAGCCAGUCAUCCAGUCUAUCAAUCACGUUAUGCUGUCAGCAGACACAGCCAGUCAUCCAGUCUAUCAAUCACGUUAUGCUGUCAGCAGACACAGCCAGUCACCCAGUCUAUCAAUCAUGCUAUGCUGUCAGCAGACACAGCCAGUCAUCCAGUCUAUCAAUCAUGUUAUGCUGUCAACAGACACAGCCAGUCAUCCAGUCUAUCAAUCAUGUUAUGCUGUCAGCAGACACAGCCAGUCAUCCAGUCUAUCAAUCACGUUAUGCUGUCAGCAGACACAGCCAGUCAUCCAGUCUAUCAAUCACGCUAUGCUGUCAGCAGACACAGCCAGUCAUCCAGUCUAUCAAUCACGUUAUGCUGUCAGCAGACACAGCCAGUCAUCCAGUCUAUCAAUCACGUUAUGCUGUCAGCAGACACAGCCAGUCAUCCAGUCUAUCAAUCACGUUAUGCUGUCAGCAGACACAGCCAGUCAUCCAGUCUAUCAAUCACGUUAUGCUGUCAGCAGACACAGCCAGUCAUCCAGUCUAUCAAUCACGUUAUGCUGUCAGCAGACACAGCCAGUCAUCCAGUCUAUCAAUCAUGUUAUGCUGUCAGCAGACACAGCCAGUCAUCCAGUCUAUCAAUCACGUUAUGCUGUCAGCAGACACAGCCAGUCAUCCAGUCUAUCAAUCACGUUAUGCUGUCAGCAGACACAGCCAGUCAUCCAUUCUAUCAAUCACGUUAUGCUGUCAGCAGACACAGCCAGUCAUCCAUUCUAUCAAUCACGUUACGCUGUCAGCAGACACAGCCAGUCAUCCAGUCUAUCAAUCAUGUUACGCUGUCAGCAGACACAGCCAGUCAUCCAGUCUAUCAAUCACGUUAUGCUGUCAGCAGACACAGCCAGUCAACCAGUCUAUCAAUGAACUGAAUUAUUUAUACCAGGUUAAAUUAUUCAUUGAUAGUUGAUGACAUUAUUGAUUGAUUUUGCAGGUGAGUCUGUUGAAGGAGUCGGACCUCGAAGACUUUGGCUUCAGCGUGUCGGACGGCCUCCUGGAGAAAGGCGUUUAUGUUAACAACAUCUGCGCAGGGGGACCUGCAGAGGUCGGGGGGCUGAAGUCCUACGACAGGCUGCUACAGGUACACACACACACACACACACACACACACACACACACACACGGACUGUCCUAG